CCGUGUGGACCAGCACCACCACCAGGAUCCUCCUCCUCCUCCAUCUGGAAACUGGAGGAGCAUCUUCUCCCUCUGACGUCAUGACAGCAGCAUCAGCUGUUAGCUCUGUUUUUAAGCCUUUUCGCUGCCGAUCGCUGCCUGCAUAAAGGAAAUAUAUGAGAUCCCCUCUAAUCCCUGAAAUGGCGACACAGGAGGUACAGCUGAAUGAGACUCUGACCCAUCUCAAAACGGAGUCGGAGACGCUGAAGUCGAAGCUGGAGGAUGAGAGAGCGAAGCUGCACGAUGUCGAGCUACAUCAGGUGGCAGAGAAGGUGGAGGGGCUUGGUCAGUUUGUCAUGAAGACCCGAAGAACUCUGAAGGGACAUGGCAACAAAGUUCUGUGUAUGGACUGGUGUAAGGACAAGAGGAGGAUCGUCAGCUCCUCACAGGAUGGAAAGGUGAUUGUGUGGGAUGCUUUCACCACCAAUAAGGAGCAUGCUGUGACAAUGCCUUGCACCUGGGUGAUGGCCUGUGCCUACGCCCCCUCCGGCUGUGCUGUAGCUUGUGGGGGCCUGGAUAAUAAAUGCUCAGUGUAUCCUCUGUCUCUGGACAAGAAUGAGAACUUGGCUGCGAAGAAGAAGUCAGUGGCCAUGCACACAAACUACCUGUCAGCCUGCAGCUUCACCAACUCGGAUAUGCAGAUCCUGACUUCCAGCGGGGAUGGAACAUGUGCAUUAUGGGAUGUUGAGAGUGGGCAGCUGUUGCAGAGUUUCCAUGGACAUGCAGCGGAUGUGCUCUGUCUAGACCUGGCUCCCUCUGAGACUGGAAACACAUUUGUUUCAGGGGGCUGUGAUAAGAAGGCCAAUGUGUGGGACAUGCGUUCAGGACAGUGUAUUCAGUCCUUUGAAACUCAUGAAUCAGACAUAAAUAGUGUGCGCUACUACCCCAGUGGAGAUGCAUUUGCAUCAGGCUCAGAUGAUGCUACAUGCCGCCUGUAUGACUUAAGGGCAGACAGAGAAGUGGCUAUUUAUUCCAAAGAAAGCAUUAUAUUUGGGGUCUCCAGUGUUGAUUUCUCUCUCAGUGGACGGCUAUUGUUUGGCGGCUACAACGACUACACCAUAAAUGUUUGGGAUGUUCUCAAAGGAACACGGGUCUCUAUUCUGUUUGGACAUGAGAACCGUGUCAGUACGCUGCGUGUUUCCCCAGAUGGGACGGCCUUCUGCACAGGUUCCUGGGACCAUACUCUUCGGAUCUGGGCUUAAGGAUGAAGGCACCGAGAAUGAAAUGGAAUGCAACCUGUAGAAGAAAAUGGGAUACUAGGAAGCAACAUCUAUCUGCAGGACAAGAACAAGGUUUUUAUGAAGGCCUUGGCUUCACUUGGCUUAACUUUCUCAUGCCACAGACCGAGAAGAGUAAAAUGUAAAUGAAUAAUCUGUAAAUGACAAAUAUUGGCCUAUGAGGGAUAGUGAGGUUGAGUGUUUAGAUUGGCUUGUAGAAACGAAUCACUAUAAGUUAGUCUGAAACCAAUUAAAAUUGUAAUGAUUAUGAAGGAGUAUUGGCAUAUAAUAUUAUGAUUAAAAGUACAAUGUUGUAGUUUAUUAAAGAUGAAAAUAUAUGUAAUUGCACACCCUGUGCGGCCAACUGCUGCAGCAACUCACCUGCCAAUAUUAUUCUAAUGUAAAAGAACAAAAAGUACACAUUUACAGGUAACCUGAAAUACAUGUUCCCUCCCUAUGAAUUGAAAAGAUGGUUUACUUCUCAUCUGUUUGUUUCCAGCUGUGGAAGCCACUUCCUGCUCUAUGUGCACAUCCAGUCACUGCAGACACCCUGAA